AUGAUCUACUUGAAGGUGUGUUUCACAUCGCUCGUACUUUCCGGGUUGUUUCUGUGCCAAAGUUCCGUUGAUGGUAGACCGAGCGAAGUAGAACGAGCAUCGGUGGAUGCCAGUGAUUUGGAUGCACGUGCUGGAUUCGAUAUUAGACCUACGCUUCCAACGACAUCUACCACUGCAAAUCCAACAUCUGCAGAGCCUCAACCACUCGGUGGCCUACUAGGUGGAGGUGGUCUACCAGAACUUGGAUCUGGAGCGCAACAAUCGGGCGGAUCAUCAGCACCUCAGGCCUCUUUAAUUAUUGGUGCAUUUCAAGCCAUCAUUACACCGUUCAAUCCUGGCAUGCUCGGUACUGUUAUAGGCGGACUAGGCGGCGGUGGCGGGAACGGUGGCGCUCCCAGUCUACCAUCCUUUCCGAUUGGAUCAAAGCCACAACAAUAA